CGGCCGCGGGCGGAGCUCGAGCCGCGGCGCUCGGCGAUCCCCGGCUCCCGCCCCUUCCCCGUGCCUCCCUCCCCGGAGCCUCCCUGGCGGUCCCAGCCGCCGCCGUACGGCCCCGCGCGGCGCGAGCAGCUACCAAGGGGCCAAGGGAUGAGCUGGGGUCCGCCUUCCCAAUGGCAUCUCCCCCUGGUCUGGAACUGAAGACACUGAGCAAUGGUCCCCAGGCCCCAAGGAGACCUGCAUCUCUGGGUCCAGCAGCCCCACCCAGGGAGGGUGUGGAGAAUGCCUGCUUCUCUUCAGAGGAGCAUGAGACCCAUUUCCAGGACCCUGGGGAUACCAGACUAGGCCGCUCCCCCAGCCCUCCUGGGGGCCUUGGCCCCUCACGGCCCCGACCCCAGAGAGACGACGCAUCCCUGCAUUCAGAAGAGGGGCCAGGCCUGGAGCCCGUGAGCCGCCCUGUGGAUUAUGGCUUCGUCUCUGCUCUGGUUUUCCUGGUGAGCGGGAUACUCCUGGUGGUGACUGCGUACGCCAUCCCCCGCGAGGCUCGCGUCAACCCGGACACGGUGUCGGCACGGGAGAUGGAACGGCUGGAGAUGUACUAUGCACGCCUGGGCUCGCACCUGGACAAAUGCAUCAUCGCAGGCUUGGGGCUGCUCACGGUGGGCGGCAUGCUCUUGUCCGUGCUGCUGAUGGUCUCCCUGUGCAAGGGCGAACUGUACCGCCGGCCCACCUUCGUCCCAGGCAGGGGCUCCAGGAAGACCUACGGCUCUAUCAACCUGCGCAUGAGACAGCUCCAUGGGGACGGGGGCCAGGCCCUGGUGGAGAACGAAGUUGUCCAGGUCUCAGAGACCAGCCAUGCUCUCCAGGGGUCUUAAGUGGAUUCUUUUACUGCUGAGCCACCGGGGAAGCCUGCCUGGAUGCUGAGCCGAUGCCUAAUACCCCUGAGCCACAGUUUCCUCUUCUGUUAAAUGGAAGCACCUUCCCCAUAAGGCAUGGUAAGCAGUAAAUGAGAUACCCAUAAAGCACUGAGCAUAGAGCCUGGCACUUUGUAAUUCACUCAAUAAUGUUUGUUCAUUUGCUUGUUCAUUCACACCUAAUCUGUAUUCUUCCCUGGGGGAGGUCCUAUGGGCACACGUGGGCCCUGCCCUUGAGCUGGUCACAGAUUGUCUGGAGAAACAGGACAGUGCACAGGGAGCUGUGUAUGUCUGGCCAGGGGUGGAGAGUGUUGGCACAGAGGAGGGAUCUGAUUAAGUUGAGAUCAAGUCAACUUAAUCUCCUGGGUCUGGGGAAGGUUAGUGAGUGGAAGGAUCUUCUGGCAGGAAAGCUGGCCCCAGGGGAGCAGGGAGGACAGGGGAAGAAGGUGCCUGCCAUGCCAACCUCUUCCUGGGUGGCAGACAUCUGAGCCAAUAAUGACUUAGGGUAAAGGGUACUCAGGAAAGGCCAUCUCUCUCCCUUUCCUGGUUCUUCAUUUCAUCCCAUCUCUCCCUAUCUUCCUCUUUUUUUUUUUUAUUCUUCUGUGUUUACACCUCCUUUCACUACAGCCACUCCUGGGGGUUACACCCACAGGUGUGUUACUACUAUUGCUGACUCACCUGCCAGCCAUCUGACUCUCCUCUUGCGAGUGUCUUCCCUCCUCUAUCAAAGAUGAAAGCAGGGGCCCAAAUGCCAAUGCCCAUAGAGUUUGGCAGGUGACAGUCACUAAUGAAGCAGGUGGCAAUCUACAGCAGUGGCAGGAUUAAAGGAGUGUCUGUUUCAGCUGAUUGGCUGUUGCCCUGUGGAUGGGCUCAGGGUUGUCAGAGCUCCUGAUUUUUCAAGAGCAGCUGGACAUCUGGACAUUUGCAUGGGUAAAAAGGAUUAUCCCACUGCCUGAGAAUUCUGACAGGCCAGAACUGAGGACAAAGGAGUGUCCAGUGAGAUGCCACCUGCUGGAGUCAGUCAUCCACCCCCUCCCUGGCCCAGGGCUUACCAAGUCACUCAGAGAGAUGGGGGCACCCUCAAGAAGCAGUCUAGACUGUCUCCCAGUUGGAGGCUCACUGAAAUACAGUGCCUGCAGACCACUUGAGUGUUUCUCAUCUAAGAUCCUUCAUUCUUUCACAAAGGACUUACGUACCAUUCUGUGCUAGGUUUUGAGGUACAGCACCAAACAGAUGAAAGAAGUAAGGACAGUAUUCUUGAGUGGUCUUGACAAGUAUAUUCUGGGGCUCAGAAUUAGUGUGAACAUGGAGAUGAGGCCUGCUUCUGACCUGGAGAAUUUCUGAUGUGGGAGGCCCAUGGGAACAGCCCACACUGGCUUGAAGGGUGGUGGGACUCAGGGAGGAAGAAGGGCAGUCCUGCAAUCCCUCCCAGUGUUCUGAGGCUCUUGAAGGUAGGUGGAGAACCCUAGUGUUCCAGGGCUCCAAGAGUUGAUGUAGGCAGGUGAGGGGAGGCUGGAGCUGUGGGAUGGUGCAGGUGGCUAUGCAGCCCAGUAUAUUACCUCAAGGAGCAGAUGGGCUGAGAACCUCUUAUGGACUGAGAGAGACCCUCACUACUGAGAGUCCUGGGUAAAGUUCUCAACAGCACCCCCCAGUUUUGCAUGUUGUCUACAAAAGACUCCAGCAUCAAAAAGCAAAACCCCAGUAUGAAUUAGAGUAAGAGUACUCCCCACCCCCGACCCCAUCACCAUGGCUAGUGAAGAGACUCUUCAUUUUUCUCCCUCCUCCCACCCUACCACAGAGGAGCAGCGAGUGUUCAAAAGAGGUCAGAGGAGACACCUCUUGGAACUGGAUAUAAGUUUAAAUUGGACUGGACUGAGUUUGAAAAUCAAAAUGACCAUUCAGUUUUUGGUUGGAUCCUAGAUGCUAAGAUGAGAAAGGGGGCUCUGACAGAGGUUAGUUGGAUAAAACAAAACACUUCAUGUUUCUACAUUUCAGUGAACCCGUUAUGUAUUAUACACUUUAGAUGAUCAAAUUUUAAAUGAAAUACGGUGUUCCUUCUGUGCCAGGCACUCUUCUAAGUCUUUGCAUCUGCUAGUUCAUUUAAACCUCACAACCAUCUUGGAGAGUGGGUGCUAUCAUUAAUUCCCUUUUACAGAUGAGUAAGCUGAGGCACAGGCAGGCAAAGUGACUUUCCCAAGGUCACACAACUAGUAAAUAGCAGACUCAACUAUAAUAGUAUGCAGGCUGGUCAGGGCAUGUUUGCACAUCUGGGCUGUAGGCUGCCACUGAGGCUUGUGGUUUAGAUGCCAAGUGGGAAGCUCUUGGGGGGAUAAGAGGGGACAGUUGGGGCAGCACUAAACUUGGACAGGCCCAUGUCCUAUUUAAAUCAUGGAAUCUCAUAGGUCAGCGGGAUCUUUGAGGAUCCUUGGAGGAUCAAGUCCACCUUUAUCCCCAUUUUACUACUGGGGUAAACCAAGGGGAGAGGUGGGACUUGCCCAGGGGCCCCAUGGCUCAGGCCCCCUCUCUUCUUAGGGUUCUCAUGUGAAUUUAUAUCAGACAUCAAGAAGCCUAAA